GUUUUUUUUAGAACAAUGAGUCCACAAGAGAUGAACUUAUUUUCUCUUCCUGCUAAUAACUCUCCAAUGGGGUUUCGGAUUCCAACCUCAUCAAUACAACAAACCAAUAAAUGUUUGAGCUUUGAGCCAUUACAAAGCAUGGGGACUCAAACUCUUGAUGCAGGUGGACUUUCUAUGAGUUUAAAUGUUGAAAAUGGGAGUAAAAAUAAAACCUCCGGCGGCGGCGGAGGCGGCGGUACCAAAAAAGGGCACACCAAGCUUUGUUGUAGGGGCCAUUGGAGGCCGGCUGAAGAUGCCAAGCUAAAAGAUCUUGUGGCUCAAUAUGGUCCUCAAAACUGGAACUUGAUAGCUGAGCAUCUUGAAGGGAGAUCAGGCAAAAGUUGUAGAUUGAGAUGGUUUAACCAGCUGGAUCCAAGGAUCAACAGGAGAGCAUUCAGUGAGGAAGAAGAAGAGAGGCUGUUAACUGCACAUAAGGUGUAUGGCAACAGAUGGGCUAUGAUUGCUAGGCUGUUCCCUGGUAGAACGGAUAAUGCGGUCAAGAACCAUUGGCAUGUGAUCAUGGCUAGGAAACACAGGGAGCAAUCAAGCAUUUAUAGGAGGAGGAAGCCUUCUUCUUUAGCCACAAGUGACCAAUCAACCAUUUCAUCAGCCUCUACUUGCACUCCACUUCACCAUAUGGUUUCACCUAUUGAAGUGGACCAACAUGCUAACUCGUCAGAUUCUAACUCAGAAGGUUCAGCAACCGAGUUAGUGGGCACAAAUGGGACCAACCACUCCCAAACUGCAGAUGGAGAUUUGAAGAUCAACAUGUGCUUCAUCGAUUUCCUUGGGGUAGAAGCAUCUUAA